GAAGAGAACACCCGCCCCGCCGCCGCGCGGCAAGGUCAAGGGGCGCGGCGCUGCCCGUGCGGCGGCGGGGUCACCUCGGCGGGAGCCCCUGCAGGCGGCCGGGCUGGCCAGCCCCGAGCUGGGCCCCGCGCACGGCCGGCCGAGUCGGCUGGGACGCCCAGGCCCGAGGGCCGGGAGGUGUGCGGCUCGCGCCGUAGCGGCCCGCGGGGGGCGGGGAGGCCGCCGUGAGGAGGCGGAGCUGCGAGCCCGCCAGUCCGCCCGGGCCGCCGCCGCCGCCGUGGUGCCCUGCGCUCCUCCCUGCUCACCUCCGCACGCCCCCGCCCGGCCGGCCUCGCCUCGGCGGCCGCGGCUUCCGCCCGUCGUAGCUUCGCUGCCGGUGAAAACGGAAAAAGGCGUAGGCCAUGGAGGGGAACCGGGACGAGGCGGAGAAAUGUGUCGAGAUCGCCCGGGAGGCCCUAAACGCCGGCAACCGCGAGAAGGCCCAGCGCUUCCUACAGAAGGCGGAGAAGCUCUAUCCACUGGCCUCGGCCCGCGCACUAUUGGAAAUAAUUAUGAAAAAUGGAAGCACAGCUGGAAGUAGCCCUCAUUGCCGAAAACCAUCAGGUAGUGGUGAUCAAAGCAAACCUAACUGCACCAAGGACAGCACAUCUAGUAAUGGUGAAAGUGGAAAAAGCUACACCAAAGACCAAGUAGAUGGGGUUCUCAGCAUAAACAAAUGUAAAAAUUACUAUGAAGUACUUGGAGUUACCAAAGAUGCUGGUGAUGAAGAUUUGAAAAAAGCUUAUAGAAAGCUUGCCUUGAAGUUUCAUCCAGACAAAAACCAUGCACCUGGAGCAACAGAUGCUUUUAAAAAGAUUGGAAACGCUUAUGCUGUUUUAAGUAAUCCGGAAAAACGAAAACAGUAUGACCUGACAGGGACUGAGGAACAAGCGUGUAAUCACCAAAACAAUGGCAGAUUUAAUUUCCAUAGAGGUUGUGAAGCUGAUAUAACUCCAGAAGACUUGUUUAACAUAUUCUUUGGUGGUGGAUUUCCUUCAGGUAGUGUACAUUCAUUUUCAAAUGGACGAGCUGGUUAUAGCCAUCAACAUCAGCAUCGACACAGUGGACAUGAAAGAGAAGAAGAAAGAGGAGAUGGAGGUUUUUCUGUGUUUAUCCAGCUGAUGCCCAUUAUUGUAUUGAUCCUCGUGUCAUUAUUAAGUCAUUUGAUGGUCUCUAAUCCUCCUUAUUCCUUGUAUCCCAGAUCUGGAUCAGGGCAAACGAUUAAAAUGGUGACAGAAAAUUUGGGUGUCAUUUAUUAUGUCAACAAGGACUUUAAAAAUGAAUAUAAAGGAAUGUUAUUACAAAAGGUAGAAAAGAGCGUGGAAGAAGAUUAUGUGACUAGUAUUCGAAAUAAUUGCUGGAAAGAAAGACAACAAAAAACAGAUAUGCAGUAUGCAGCAAAAGUGUACCGCGAUGACAGACUGCGAAGGAAGGCUGACGCCUUGAGCAUGGACAACUGUAAAGAACUGGAACGGCUGACCAGCAUUUAUAAAGGAGGAUGAACUGGAAUUCUGUUCAUAACUUUUAGCAUACUCCAUAUUUUUUCUGUAAGUUAAGUUUAGUUUUAUCAUGAGAGCUAAAGAAAAAGGUUGGGUAUUAAGAACUAAACUGAAUAGUUGGUCCCUGAAAUCUUGGACUGUUUAUGACCUACUGGCUCCUUUAAAUACUAAGAAAUUGAAAACUAAAAUUAAUAUUUUAGUUCUACUUCUGCAAUUAUUUUCACUUUAAAAGCUUACAUUAUUCCUAACUAAAAAUGUCUUGAGGAAGGAUUAGCACACCUGUAGUACUUUCCAGUUUAGUGAUUCUAAAUUUUUUCUCUUGUCAUGUAAAUAUUUAUGGAAUGAUCAUUUUGUGUACAUACAGGUUAUGUACUGUAUGCCUUUUUAUUUAAAUUCUUUUAGUGUUUAGCUCUGUAAGACUCUUAGUUUAAAUUGAUGGAAAGAUAUCCUAUGAUAAAAUUACAUUUUCCUUCUCAGAUGUCAAAUGUGUGGAGUUUAAACAAUGAAACUUUUUCAAAAAGAAAAGAAAAAAAGAAGCUGUUUAACUUUGUGUAAAAUCUUGUAGCAUUAUCAGCUUAGAGGGAAUUGAUAUUUUUAAUAUUGCCAUUAUAUUCCAAAAUAUAUAUUGAGAUAAAUGAACUGGUGUAGAAUAUCGGUUUGCUAUUUAUUUAGUUUUAUGAAUUGCUAAGCCAUGCAUAGAAAUGAAAUGAUAUACUGAUAUUAAAGAAAAUGUGAGGAAAUGGCUAUGUAGAUAUUAAACAAAAAAGGUCUUCAACAGUCAAUUGCAGUCAUGUCAUUUGCAAUUCCAGUAAUUAAAAGGCCCCCAAAUUUUCAUAUGUAUGUUUUGAAAGUUGCUAAAAUUUAUGAAGGAGAUGAUCCACCUGUUUUUCCGCUAUAGACAUUUGCUGUUUCUUCUUAGUGAUCACUUAAGCAGGAUCCAAAAGUAAAUGGAUUCCUCUACAAAUACGUAAUAAGAAAUAUUACUACUAAAAUGAAGCUUUGUGCCUUUUAACCUGAUUGCCAACUCUUAAACAUAUAAGUAAGAUUACAGCACACUUACUUGAUCAGAGCAUGAUCUGUUUGGCCACAUACAACAGGGAGCAAAAAUAUAGCAGCAGGUCAAAUGGUGAUUUACAGCAAGUUAUCCUUAAAAAUUCUGAGCUAAAAUCUAUUCACCAUUGAGUAAUUCAAUUAGCCCUAUAGGAAUAAGCUCUCCAUAAUUAAAUCCAUAAUAUAAAUUAGAAAAAGCAGCUGGAAAUUGAAGAUUUUGGUGCCUCUAUAUUAGGUUUGAAACUAUUUGAUUUUUAGUCUAUUACAUUUAACAGUUGUAAUAUUCUAAUGAUUUUGUUUCAUACUCAGUUAAUGGAACCAAACACAUCUUUGGUAGUAUUUUUGUAUGUGAGAAAAUGCAAGUUAGAGUGGCAGUGUUCUUUCAUUUAAAGAUUUCUUUCUGGAAGAAGUUUAUUUAUAGCAUCUAUUGAAUAAAACUGCUAAAAUGAUAUUUCUUUUUAAAAUGUUCUCUUUUGUGCCCUCCCCCAGGUGAAUCAGUAGAAAUGCCUAAUUGAAUUAGUAGAUUAAACUAAGCUACAUACUGUCCCAGAAAAACUGUACAAUUAACCAAUUUUAAGAAAUGAAACCUUUAAAAUAAAAAACAGCAGUGCUUAAAAGAAAAUACAUACUUAAAUAUUUCUUAAGCCUGUAGAAGAGUUUAAAAACAAAAUAAUAUAGCAUUCUAAUUAACUUUGAUGCAUUAGAGAACAUAAAAAUUGAAAUGAAAAAAAUUUCAUCCAUUUAUCUUUCUAGUUUUAAUGGGAAAUUUGCACUAUUUUGGUUGAUGCUAAAGUGAAUUGAAUUUUUAUUGACUGAUUCUUUUUUCCUAAAUGCUGGCCUUAAGGGAGUAGAUGAGCUUAUUAAGUGAAGUUAUAUAUUUGAAGUCACACGUGGCUUUUGGACAGUAUUAUAUUUCAGUUGCAUUGCUGCAUUCUAUCACAUUUCAUAAAAUGUUUGGGGAAAUGUCUUUGAUAAAAUAAAGUUUUUAAAUAACUGUGGGAAAUGACUGAUGGAGUGCCUGACAAUUUAAGUCUCCUAUAAAGUAUGCAGUUAAAGAUUAAGUCCUUAAUAUCACCUACAUCAUGGUAUAAAGGCCCAACCAAGUGUCUUAGAAUUUGAGGAUAAUUCUACAAAGUCAGAAGACAUUAGCCUCUUGAGAUGUAAAAUUUUUAUGUUUGCCACUUUCAUAAUAAAAAUCCCAGUGUUUUGCCAUCUUAUUUUUAGCUGCAUGGGCCUUACAUCUUCAUUUGAUAACUUGUAUUUUUCAUUUUAGUCAUUGCCUAAAAACCCUCAAACUUGGAAUAUUACUCUACUAGCUUUAACUGGUAUUUUAGAAGUUUGGCAGCAGUUGUAUUUAUCAGUGCUUUACAUUUUUAUCCCUUUUUAUAUACAUGCACAAACAUCAUUGUCCUUAUAAGGAUUUGGGGGAAGUAAAUAAUACCUUUUCUUCUCUUUUUUGAUUCCUUAGAUCCCAGAUAGACUGGUGCUAGUCAUUUGUAAGUUUCAGAAUUUAUUUAGAUCAAAUCUGAGAAUUUAAUUCUCAACAAUGAGAAACUUUAAGUUAUAAUCCUUCUAAUAAGUGAAAACAAUGUAUUUAGGAACAGAUUGCAAUUGAAUGCUUAAAUAAGUAUUUUUUCAUAAGCACUACAUUCUUAUGUAUAAUUUAUAAAUAUUUGGUAGAGAAAAGUAGGUCCUUAAGGCAUAUAUAUGCCAAUGCAUUAAGCCAGUCUGUUUUUGUGUCAGCUCAGGUGUUCACAGAACAGGAGUGUGGAACUCCAGCCCUUUACUUUCAUUGCAUUUUUAUGCUUAAGUUUUCUCCUGUUAAGUUCCUCUAUUACACUAGUAUGUACAAUAGUUACUGAGAAAAAUGAUUAACCUCUUGAAUCUCUUUGUGGAUCUGUAAUAUUUUUUAAUGCACUUGUUAUUUAACAAAUGUGACAUGUUAAUGUUAGUUAACAAUUCAUUCCUACAUAUAUCAUUAAAAAAAUUUAUCUCCCAUUUGUGUUAACCCAGUGAAAUACUUCUUCAUGUUGACCUAAGAACCAAAUGAGCCAUCUUCUCAGUUAAGUAAGUUAAAGGACUGAAUAGUUCAAAAGGCAAUUUUGUAUGUUUAUUUAGCUUUCCAUGUGAAGCUUCGGUUCAGUACUACCUGUAUAACUCUCUGUCUCCGUUCUGAGUGAAGCAAAUUGAAAGGACAUUCAUAAUCUUUUUUCUUAUCUGAGCAGAAAAACUUCUGAAAAUGAAUAAUAAAUCUGAAUUUUAAAUAGCCAAAAAGUGUCUGUUGGCCACAUUGGACUACUGCCUAGUUACAAAUCCAUAAAUUUCUUUAUAAACCAAUAAAAAAAGUAGUAGUCUGAUAAUAACUUCCAAAACUUUUAAAAUUCCAGUAUGUAAUAACAAAAAAAAGUAUGUAGAAUGACUAUCUUCAAGGAAUUCUUGCACAUCCCAUUAAUAAUCGUAAGCAACCUUUUGGUUUCAUUACUAUUAAAUAGAUGCUUUCAUAUAAAUGAAAACUUUUCCCUUAAAACAUUAAUUCAAAACAUACUCCUUAUAUUAAGGAUUAUAUAACCACAUUUUUUGGAUAAAUUCCCUGUGUGUAACUUUUUCCUGUUGGUAUGUGAUUCCUUUUCAUUUAAUUUUGUUAUCUGCUGGUUUUGGGGCCAAUAGAUUUGUGAAUAUUCUGUGGAUGUGUCCGUGUAUACAUGUAUAAAUAUAUUUUUUUUCCAGCUAAUACCUCAAAUGUGUGGUUAAUAUAUAACACACUAUGUUUGCACAGAGCAGGGCUUCCAUUAGCAGUGGAUAUUCUUAUUUCUAAUUUUGAAAUUCAGUCUGCAAAAUUUCAUUGGUAUGAAUUCUUUCUGUUGAUCCUUUUUGUAUUUUAAAACAGAUUAUAUUAUAAAGCUCAUACUUUAAAUAUGAUUGUGUCUUUCUAUAACUAGCAAUUGGGAAAUACGCAGGGGUAAGAAGUGUUUCUAGAAAUGUCUUAGGUUACUAAGUUGUUACUAACAGUUGGGGCUACUGUUUGCCAAGCUGUCUAGUAACUGCAUAGCAGACAAUACCCUGCAUGAAUAUCUCACUCACUUUAGUAUGGGGUCAGGACGUUCCAGUCCAUAUUCUACUUUGCCAUUUAAGAGCACCACUAAAAAAUAGAGAUUUUUCAGUGAUAUUGGAGUAUUUAAGCAUCAAUUUCUAAAUGAAUUGGUUUUGAGUUAGAUGACUAUACCAAUUGAGAGAAGGAAGAAACUCAUACAUAAAUGAUAUUUUGCAAUAAGAAAUGCUUCUUACCUAUUUUUGUUUUCUGUUUUGUUUUUGUUUUUUGGAUUGCUACAUAGGACUUGCCAUUUGAAGUUCAAAUCAUUUUUAAAAGCAGCAGGUAAUUUUCUAGGUGUGAUGGAAUUUUAAUGGAAGCCUUGUAUAAGUUAAAUGAAGUGAAACUGGUAAAGAGGAUCUUACUUUUUUUGUCUAUAGUGCAUCCAAGAUUAUACAAUAAAAUCUAAAAAAAUAAAAUGUCUGAUUUGUAAAGUAUUUAAUGUUAUAUCAGACUUAUAUAAAAUAAAAGUUUCUGUGUGAGAACUCUUAAAGAAAAUGCAUUUGAUUUUUAAUGAAUGUUCUACUGAAUGAUUUAUAAUGAUUUUUGUCUCUCAGUCUCUGCAGUUUAUCUCAAUAGAUGAAUAAAAAGGAAGUCUGUUCUCACUGUAA